AUGUUCACCAACUUGGAGGCAGUCCACACUACCGACAACCCACUUUUGAGGAGGUACAACAGCGUAUGGAACGUGCUCAGAAGCUCAUGCAAGAGCAGCAAGAGGCCCAAGAAAAAGCAUGGUUCCAAGAAAACAAGGCGGAGCUCAAAGAGGCAGCCAUCAAACAAGUCGAGGAAAUGCAAAAAACACUUCCUCUUGUGGACCCUAAUAGAGCCAUUAUCAACCACCUCGCCAUUUUCUACCAGCUACUUGACGGAGUAUACACCAGACCUCAACGAGGAAAUUGGACGUCUCCCACCCGAGAUCAGUUUCGAAGCCAUGGCACACGAUAUCGGAGUAUUGUCUUUCGCCGCAACUCUGCCAAAGGGGUCUGGAGACAAAGAGUUGAAGAAAUGGGCACAGAUUUCUUUCACCCUUCUCGGUGAUGUAAAGAAGCCCGUCAACGAACGACUCUGUAACCUCAUCUGGCUGGUUGCCAAAAAGAUCGACCUUGCAAUCACGACAAUGCAGAAGCACGUUAAGGCUGUCCAAAAAGAAAUUCUGAAGGGUUACGAGGAAAGGUUCAACGAUCCAGUUGCAGCGGAUAUUAUGAAACUGCGCCACGAGGAUCAUAGGAAGCGUGGUGAUAUAUUGGCCGAGAAAUAUAGCGAUCUACGGAAAUUGCUGCGGGUUCGGUUUGGAGAUGCGGAGGACAAAUUCAAGGACAAGCAUAAAGAUGACCUCAAGCUCAAAGGAGAGAUUCCAAAAGAAGAGAUAGAACAGAUGAAGGUUGCUACUCAGGCAGCAGAGGUUGAGGAGUUUCGCUUGGCCUCUCGUGAUUCGUCAGCUUGA